UUUCGCUCCGCCCCAGUGCAAAGUCGGUCUUCGCGUUCAUUUCAUUCCUCUUCUCAUUCCGAGCAUUCUUCGCAUCACUGUAGGUGCGCCGCCGAUUCACGUACAUACACCCGGCUGGCCCAGAAGCACAAGAAUAACUUUACACAGUUUACAAAAAACUAUAUCAGCUCACAUAAGGAAAAGAAAAGGGCGACAUUAAAAAAACAAAACAAAUAAUAACAGAGGUGUUUGAGCCGCUUCAGCUGGGAGUUGCAGAUUGGAGUGGAACAUUUUCAGAACUCAGCAAAAACAUAGUAUUCAAAGAAGACUUGUUGCACCCACAGGAUACGGCGCGUUUUCCUCUCUAUUGGCUGUUUCUAUUCUGCCUGUCUCACCCUAGCGGGCUCCGGGCCGCGGCUGGGAAGGGAAGAGGGGGGGGGUGGGGGGAGCGGAGCGUAGGAACCCGAAAGCCAUCCAGCCAUGGACCCCAGCAGCUGGAGCGGCAGCGAGAGCCCCGCCGAGGACCUGGAGCGGCUGAGCGACUCGGCCGACAAGCCCAUGGACAACGACGCCGAGGGCGUGUGGAGCCCCGACAUCGAGCAGAGCUUCCAGGAGGCCCUCGCCAUCUACCCGCCCUGCGGCCGCCGCAAGAUCAUCCUGUCCGACGAGGGCAAGAUGUACGGUCGGAACGAGUUGAUAGCCCGGUACAUCAAGCUGCGCACGGGGAAGACCCGGACGAGGAAGCAGGUGUCUAGUCACAUACAGGUCUUAGCUCGGAAGAAAGUUCGAGAAAUCCAGGCGGCCAUCAAGGUCACAAGCAUGGACCAGACCGUGAAGGACAAGGCGCUCCAGAGCAUGGCCUCCAUGUCGUCGGCGCAGAUCGUCUCGGCCACCGCCAUCCACAACAAGCUGGGCCUGCCGGGCCUCCCGCGGCCCGCCUUCAGCGGAGCCACCGGGUUCUGGCAGGGCAUGAUAACGGCGGGCCAGCCUGGAUCGUCUCAAGACAUCAAGCCAUUUGCCCAGCAAGCCUAUCCCAUCCAGCCUCCCGUCACAACAGCGAUUUCAGGUUAUGAGCCCCCGACAGCUCCUACACCCACCGUCCCGGCCUGGCAGGGCCGCUCCAUCGGGACGUCCAAACUGAGGCUGGUGGAGUUCUCCGCCUUCUUGGAGCAGCAGCGAGACCCCGACUCUUACAACAAGCAUCUGUUCGUGCACAUCGGCCAGACGAACCACUCCUACAACGACGCCCUGCUGGAGUCGGUGGACAUCCGCCAGAUCUACGACAAGUUCCCCGAGAAGAAGGGGGGGCUGAAGGAGCUGUUCGGCAAGGGCCCGCAGAACUCCUUCUUCCUCGUCAAGUUCUGGGCCGACCUGAACUGCAACAUCCUGGACGACACCGGGGCCUUCUACGGCGUGACCAGCCAGUACGAGAGCUCGGAGAACAUGACCAUCACCUGCUCCACCAAGGUGUGCUCCUUCGGCAAGCAGGUGGUGGAGAAGGUGGAGACGGAGUACGCGCGGUUCGAGAACGGGCGCUUCGUGUACAGGAUAAGCCGGUCGCCCAUGUGCGAGUACAUGAUCAACUUCAUCCACAAGCUCAAGCACCUCCCCGAGAAGUACAUGAUGAACAGCGUCCUGGAGAACUUCACCAUCCUGUUGGUGGUGACCAACAGGGACACGCAGGAGACCCUGCUGUGCAUGGCGUGCGUGUUCGAGGUGUCCAACAGCGAGCACGGGGCUCAGCACCACAUCUACCGGCUGGUCAAGGAAUGAGCCCCCCCCCCAUCCCCGUCCCCAAGGCCCCCUCCAACAUAGACUGAAAAAACCUCAUUACAAGUGGCAGUGCCUCUAAUUGAAAUCAGACCCAGACUGCUUUGAGUCACAUUUGGGUGAAGCCUAUUAUUAUUAUUAUUAUUAUUAUUAUUAAUUAUUAUUAUUAUUAUUAUUAUUAUUGUUUUUUUGUCUUUCUUAACGUGUAUGUGUAUGACUGCAGCUGUGAAUUGCGGUACAGUUGUUUUUUGUUCUGAUACGUAAAGUAGUUCAUUUUAAUGGAUGACUAGCUUAUAUCUGUCUGUAGGACAAAGUACGUAUAUUGUGGCAGUGCGUAACGCCAGACAGAAUUAUCUGUUGGGCCGGGUUGUGUUUCGUUAGCAGGUUUCUUUUUAUUUUCUGUUUUUCAUCCAGUGAGGUCCAUCGAGGAGGAGAAAAAAAAACUGACAGUAGCCUUUGUUUCGUGAGUUGCGUAAACUACACGGUGUGCGCGCGUGUGUUUGUGUGCGGUUCUUUGCGUGUAUACGUGUGUACACAUACACACAUACGCAUGUUUUCCAAAGAAAAGUGUUUUGAAGCAUAUCUCUUUUUUUGGGGGGUGAGUACAUUUACAAAUGAGAACUAUUUAGAAGAUGAAAGAUUGCGGUUUAUUGUUAAGUACAAGGACACUACUGGAGGAAAAACAUUUGCAGCAUUCGGAGAAUUGAGCCGCAUCUUUGAACCAGUGACCAAGCAGCCGCAGUGAACGCGCUGUACUGCUAUAGCACUAAGGACGUAUCAAUCAGCCAUCGUCCAGACGUUGUCCGCGACCUACUCUCAAACCGCAAUAAGAAAAAAAAGAGCUCAACUCGUUUAAAUUCUCCCGGCCUGCACGUGUUUUUCUUUCCAACCGAAAAAAAAUAGAAACGAAAGGAAUCUUUUGGAGUCGCCUAAUGUAAUUUUGUCCGAAGUAGAAAGCACUACAGUUCUGAGUCGUCACUUUUGUCCGAAGCACUUGGAUGUUCUGAUUGGACGGGCCUCGUUGAGGGUGCCUGACACACUGCCUUUAAGAUUACAUUAAGAAAAUUAUCCCAGCGUGCGAAGAAACGCGGGAUCGAAUCUCUGAAAAUGUAACAUAAUGAGAAACUGGGAAACCAGGUGACCUUUAUUUUCAGUGGCAUUUACUUUGCUAUGGUGCAUAACUCCUCAACAGGCUAUAAAUAUAUAAAUGUUUGAUCUUUUUUUUUCUUUGGCCAUUGAAAUCGUUUUUAAAUGAUUGUUAAUCCUGUCCAUUUGUGCAGUCAAUCACUGCCUUUGCUUACACGAGUCCUAUAAAUCUGUGGCCUACACUAUUCAUUUUCUACAACUCCGAGCCUUAAUUAAACGCGUGUGGUGUGAAUUCCAAAAGAUGCCACGAAAGCUGUGAUCUCUUUCCUAAGCUGGAAGACCGUCUCGUUAAAUGUCACGCACGAUAGGAGUUUCGCCGUACAGAACUGCCAAAGCGUAUCUGUAUACAGUGCCUUAGUGUACGUUGUACCACUGACCGUCGCUAAUUUGUGAGGACACGUCUGUCAUUUAGAAACGCGCCCGAGAUCAGCAGUUUUUGUGAACAGAAGAAUUGCCUGCCCAUAUCUUUUGCAUAGACACGCCAACAUUCAUCACGCCAUAUCAGGAAGUGACUGUAAUAAUAGAUUAAUAAAGAAAUCGCUUUCAAGUUCUAUUCAUAAAUAUAUAUAUAUAUAUAUAUAUAUAAAUACAUAUAUAUACCCUUUUUAUUUACAUUUCAAUGCAAAACAGUAUAUACAGUACUGAACUGACUUUGCCUUUGUCUAAAAGACCAAAAAUAUAUAUAUAUCUAUGGAGAUAUAUCAGAUCUCUAAUCAUUUCCCUGCACUGUAGCAUGAAAGUGCCUUUGGUUUGGAAUUUCCAGCUUAGAAAAGACAACGUGUUAAGAAUUAUAAACAUUAGCAAAACCAAAAAAUUAUAUAUAUAUAUUAAAAAGUGAGAAAACGGAUCACCACAAUGCCUUUUUUAAGUUUUUGUAAUAGAUUGAUGAGGCACAGUACAUUUUUGACAGAAAUAUAGAAGAUUAAGAUUUUAAAAGGACAUAAUUUGGUAACAUUGGAAAAAAAAUGGUGCAGAAUAUAUUUAAAAGGCACCUUUGUGUUAAUUUGUUUAAUGUUAACUCCUGUGAAAGGGAAUAUUCUUGAGCAUGAGAUUUUGUUUCCAGCAAAAGUAAUUUUCUUACCAAUACUGUUGAAAUCUUUGCCUAAUCGUCUGUCGACAUGACUAGAAUCGUUUGCAUUACUCAGUAUUAAUAUUUGGCUUCGGUUUGUUCCUCUGUAUCAAGGUGGGGGAGUGAGGGCCGAGCUUGAAAAGACGACAGGCGUACAACCUUUGGAUAUAAAUCUCGGCCAAAUCCGUUUGAUAGCCAAUCAAACGUGCGAUCAGUCACUGUGCGCUGUCAACAUGGGUUCGCCAUAUGUUCUUAAUUACACGGAAGUGUUUUCCUGUAUUUUUCUUUAGAGCGGUAUGCCAUUCCUGUUUUUGGUGGGAGCUCUCCACUGAAGGGUACGCAAGAACACUCAUGAGUGUAGAACCCAGAGUGGCCUGAAAUAGACGUAACAGCGAGCCGACGGUGAUGCCGCCGGUUCACCCGAGUGAAACCAACGGUGUAUCUCUAUUUAAGGAGCACCCUUAAUUAUCCACAGUGCCAGAACAGACACGGUUACAUCGACUCUCCUUUCUCAUGAAACACUAAAGACCAGCACUGUUGAAUAUCGCCAGUCCCGAUUAUUGGAAUGGGUUCACGCAAUCUUUUUAACAGCUUUAUAACACCACUUCUUAAACAAGUAAAAGUAGAUGUAAGUAACGAAUGCAAAAUAAGUUGGCUUGAUUGCUCUGUGUGUUGCUAUACGCCUAAAGUAGACUACAGGUGUCGUCAUACCAUUCACAAUCAAAUAGCCUUUGUUAUUUAACCUGUUUUUUAUUUUUUACGUUUUGGAGGCGGGGAUAGGGGAGGGGUGGGGCGGGUAUUGUUUAUUACUAUUUCGCCCUGUGUACUUGUUCACGUUUCUGAAUAACAAUGAGAUGAACUCGGUUCCUGUUUUUUAUCGUGCUUCGCGUAUACAAUGGUUUUGUGACGACUUGAGUAUAUUUGAACCCGAGUCAAUGGUCCCUGUUACCGCUGCACUGCUGGUACGUUUGCCAGGUCAAUCUCGCUUUGAAUACCUACAGUUUCAAUGGGGGUCAAGUUGGGUUCAUGAACUUAAAACAAGGCGAAUGUCGGGGAAACAUUUUAACGACCUCCACGGUGCGGAAAAGAGAGAUUUGACGCGGACGUAUUGGCAGUUUAGCUCUAGUUCUUACUCGUUUUGUGUUUUGUCUCUGUGUAGGUACUGGUACCUUUUUGUUCAUAACCAUUUUAAAUGAUUGGCUUUAAAGUGAACUUUUCUUUAGUUCAUAUAGUAUCUUGGAAUAAAAAACGAUUGUGUGUGUGUGUGUGUGUGUGUGCAGAGAUUUUUUAAAGGUGCUUUGUAUAAAGAAAAUGAUGUAUCCUGGCUUUUCUCGGUACAAACGUGUGAGAUCUUUAUUAUCUGUUGGAAUGGUAAAGGGGAGAGAGGAGAGAGAGAGGAGGAAACUGGCUAUUCAUGGUGUGUGUGUGUGUUGUGUGUGUGUGCGCGCGCGUGCCUGCCUGCGUGCGUGCAGGUGCGCACGCAUAUGUGUGUCUACGCGCGUGUGUUCUUUACUGCAAAAUGGUCUCGUCUUUGCUCCGUAACAUUUUGAUGCCUUCUUGAUAAAGUGGUAGAUAUUUUGUAGCUUUCUAGGAACUUUGUAUGCAUACAAUAUCAAAUGAAAAUAAAUAUUACAACUUG